AUGGAAAAUUGGCCUAUUCCGUGGCAAACUCUUGAUGAUGAAGACAGAUUUUUGCUGGAAAAAUCUUUCUCGGUUAAAGAAGUUGAAGACGUAAUCAUGCAAAGUGGAUAUAACAUUUCCCCAAGUAAUGUUGGUAUUACCUUAUCCUUUCUUAAAGCUUAUUGGGAUAUUAUUAAAUUUGACUUUUGGAAUGCUAUUAAUGCUUUUUUGGAGUCUUCUGUUAUGGAUUCUAAUUGGAAGGAAACCAUUAUAGUUCUUUUUCAUGAAGUUUCUAACCCUUUAGUUCCUUCCAAUUAUAGACCAAUUAGCUUAUGUAACACGGUCUAUAAAGUGGCGGCAAACAUUUUAAUGAAUAGAAUGUCUUCUUUCCUCCCUAAAUUAAUCUCUGAAGAACAAGCUGCAUUUUUGAAAGGUAGAUCUUUAUCAGAUCAAGUUCUUAUUGCCCAAAAGGUCAUUCAUAAAUUUAGGCAUUCUCAUUCUACUAAAGGAUUGGUUGCUUUCAAAAUAGACAUGGAACAAGCCUUUGAUUAUAUGGGUUGGCCUACCUUAAGGAAAGCCAUGAAGUAUUUCGGCUUUCCUACCAAAUUCUCAAGUCUUAUUUUGGAAUGUAUUCAAGAUUCAAAAUUUUCAAUCCUUAUCAAUGGCAAUCUCUCUAAUUGGAUUGAAGAAACUAAAUUUAAGAUGGUUAAGGAAGUAAAAUCUGUUUUGAAGAAAUUCUAUGAAUGGUCUGGCCUUUGUAUCAACUUGAACAAAUCUAGCAUGAUCUUUGGGAAGAUGGUUAAUAGAAGGUUGAAGAAAUCUAUUGUUCGAAUCAUGGGUUUCAAGAUAGCAAAAGAAUUGAAUUAUCUUGGAAUAAAGUUAGUCACUAGAAGACUAGCUAAAGAAGAUUUCCAAUUUAUCAUUGAUAAAGCUUUGAAGAUGACAAACAUUUGGGGAGGAAGGCAUAUUUCUUUAGCAGGGAAGAUCUUGUUGUCUAAAUCUAUUCUUUUAUCAUUCACCAUAUGCCAUUGUACAAACUUUUUAGUUCCUAAUAGUGUGCUUGAUGAAAUUGAUAAAAUUUGCAGAAAUUUUAUCUGGAAUAAAUCCAAUGGUAAUAAUGGCAUUCAUUAUGUCAAUUGGAACUUAAUGUGUUUACCAAUGGCUUAUGGAGGAAGAGGACUCCACUCUUGCUGUAGUAUUGUAGGACCGUUGACAGCAAAAUUGGCAUGGAGAUACAUGGAAGACAAGGAUUCUCUGCUUCACAGAAUUCUAUUUCCAAAAUAUGGAAGUGUUCUAGAAGAAGGAGUUUCAAGGAGAGCGGGAUCUGCUUCAUGGAAGAUUUUAUCUGAUGUAGGUAAUUGUCUUAAACCAAUUAUUAGAUGGAAUGUUGUCAAUGGGGUUAACAUUGACGUUUUCAGUGACACAUGGAUAUUAGACAAGAGUUUAAACAAAUGGCCAACCUUUGUUAUUCCACAUGAUGAUAACAGUUUUACUGUUUGA